CUCUGCGCUGAUUGGUUGAUCCGUACGCGGACCCAGUGCGCGGUAGCCAAUAGGCGGCGCUAGCCGCGAGCAGGGGGCGGGCCCCGGAGUGCCGGGGCAGCUCAGCCCUGGGCGCCGAGGUAGCCGUCUUCUCCGCCCGAGCCGGAGACCAUGCCGCAAGAGGAGUGAGUUCUCCCCAUUUUCACAAUGGAGGACUCGGGAAAGACUUUCAGCUCUGAGGAAGAAGAAGCAAACUAUUGGAAAGAUCUAGCGAUGACCUACAAGCAGAGGGCAGAGAAUACACAGGAGGAACUCCGCGAAUUCCAGGAGGGUAGCCGAGAAUAUGAAGCUGAAUUAGAGACACAGCUGCAACAAAUUGAAACUAGAAACCGAGACCUCUUGUCGGAGAAUAACCGCCUUCGCAUGGAGCUGGAAACUGUCAAGGAAAAAUUUGAAAUGCAGCAUUCUGAAGGCUACCGGCAGAUCUCAGCUUUGGAAGAUGACCUGGCACAGACGAAAGCCAUUAAAGAUCAACUACAGAAAUACAUUAGGGAGCUGGAGCAAGCAAAUGAUGACUUGGAAAGAGCCAAACGAGCCACGAUCAUGUCUUUGGAAGACUUUGAGCAGCGAUUGAAUCAAGCCAUUGAAAGAAAUGCCUUCCUGGAAAGUGAACUUGAUGAAAAGGAGAAUCUCCUAGAAUCUGUUCAGCGACUGAAGGAUGAAGCUAGAGAUUUGCGGCAGGAAUUGGCUGUGCAACAGAAGCAAGAGAAGCCCAGGACACCCAUGCCCAGUGCGGUGGAAGCCGAAAGGACAGACAUAGCUGUACAGGCCACAGGCUCUGUGCCGUCCACUCCUAUUGCUCAUCGAGGACUCGGCUCUGCUUUAAACACCCCAGGGACAUUCAGGCGUGGCUUGGAUAGCUCCAGCAGUGGGACUCCUCUGACGCCUGCGGCCCGGAUUUCAGCCCUCAACAUUGUGGGGGACCUGCUGCGGAAAGUUGGGGCUCUGGAGUCCAAACUUGCAUCCUGCCGGAACUUUGUGUAUGAUCAGUCUCCAAACCGGAUGAGUGGCCCGGCCUCAGGGCGGGGGAGCAAGAACAGAGAUGGCAGCGGAGGUGACAGAAGGACAAGCGGCAACGGCGUACCUUUGGGUGACAAAGGGAGAGAAAACUGAGGCCCUGGGAGACCCCGCUCCUCACUCUUAGAACCCUGUGGGCCCUGGUGCUAGCCGGUUUGUCCCUGCUGUCCCGUCAGCUAAACUUGGUUUGCUCUGUCUGAAGGUUGGGAAAACGCCUGGAAUUUGGGAAGCCACCCUCACAGCCAUCCUCGCCAGCGCUGCCGCUGCUGUCUGCCCAGGGGGUUGUCAAGCUGUUGCUUUAGGAACCCAUUCGAGCUGGAGCCCUAUCUAGCCAGGGUCCUUACCUUUUCUCCUCUCUUUACACUAGGAUUUUUUUUUUUUUAAAUUAGUUUGAGAAAUAAGAGCCAGCAGUCACUAUAAUUUGCUUUGUGCUGUGGGACCCUUGCUGCUGACAGAGGCUAUUAGCUAUGGUCCUGGUGGUGUCCCUGUUGAAAUGAUGUCUGGUAGUUCUUUGUCUCCUCUUUGGUAUCUGCAUCACAGAGACAGUGACAAGUCCUCUAGGAGGUUAUAAGUGUGGAUGACAAAGCUGUCCAUCAUUGGCUAUCCAAGAGUCCUGAUGUCCUUGAGGGUUGUUUUUAGUGUCCAGUCUCUUCCUGAGAGGAACCCAAGCCUUCUUGUGCUCACCUCCUGGCUCCUUGUUUCUGGAGCUACCUUACAGAACAGACUCUCGGUACUUUAAAGUGUACAGAAACCACAUCGUGGAGCCGUGAAGGGGAAACACGUGCCUUUUUAAAACUGAUAAUGUACCUCUGACUUUUUAACGUGCUUCUUGUGAUGUUACUUAGAGGUAUGUCUGAGUUUUGGAGUCAUUUUCAAGUCAGUCACCAUCAAUGGGGAGUCCUGUCCUCUGAAGGUAAGGCUCAGCCCUUAAUUUCCCUAAGUUCCCUGCUCUGGCUUGGGGGUGACAUCUGCAUCAGGACCCUGUGGGUGCUUGAGGUAGAGCGGACUCGAUAAUGCAGCCCCUAAAAGGAGGACUACAUUCAAAGCCAUCUUGAAAUAACCGGGCUGACCUUCAAAUGCGAUGAAAACAACAGCUGUUGUUGGAAGCGUGUUCCUGAAAGGAGAGACAAGCACAGCACCCUCAGUGCUCCCCACAUGUCGCCUGCUCAUCCCUGCUGGUCCUGCUCUGCUGCCUCUGCUUUCAGACACCAGCGGAAGGAGCCCCGCAUUUCAGGACCAGGAGUGCAGCCUAAUGGUCUUCACUUUUUACUAAGUUAUUUUCUGGAAGAACCAGUGGAGCUAGGCCUUGAAUUGAAAAUAGAAUUUUCUAAGCACAGCUGAAGUUUGGCAGAGAAGUCAGCUGUGGGCUGGGUUUAUCAGCUAACAUGUUCUAACCCAUGUGGUAAAAGAUGACCUUUUAUUUUUUUUUUAAAGAACAAUAAAAUCAAGAAAAACUUG